UCUCUCUCUUAUUGUCAGUGAAGAAUCUUCGCCCUUUACUAACAAUCAAGCUCUUUUGCUGCCACCAAUGACCAAUCCCUCAUUUUAUCAAAUCAUUUGAAAUCAUAUUCCAAAUUUAAUCCAAUUUGCAAAAUCCCAAGUCAUCACCCUUUUAUGUUAAUAAAUUAAAAUGGAGAAGAAAUGGGUACAAUGGUGAUUAUGAUGACUAGUGGUAACACCAAAACUUCUACUACUAAUUCUGAUUCAAACCCUCCUCCUCCUGCUGUUUUCCAUGACUUUUUUGGUUGUAAAGCACCCACCUUUUCCAUUCCUCCCUUUGAGAGAAAAAUGAGUGUUCAGUUGGAGAGAAUAUCAAGUUAUGGUCCAAAAACUGAUGUUUCUGUGUCUGAGGUGAGCAAUCAGUUUGUGGGUAGCAAACGGAGUCAUUCGGAUUCUAAGUUUAUUGAAUCAUCAAGAAAGGGGGUUCCGCAGAUGAUUCCUGAGAGCUCCCAUGUGAUGAAGAUGAUACGUAGUGCAAGUGGAGGAGAGAGGUUCAAAAUGUCGCCUUUUGAUGCACCUCUUCACGGCGUACCUCACCAAAUUAGGCCAGGUUCUUCUUUCAUUUCUCAAACAACUAUAGACACCAAUGCCAAUUAUGUCAACUCUGAGAGGUCAAUUCCCACGAAUGUUGGAGGGAGUAAUAUGCCAUUUAAUGGUGGUGUUAUGAAGCCUUCUCCUCUCCUUUAUCAAGUGCCCUUGAGCAGAAUGAGAGACAACGGUUCUGAUCCAUCAGUCUUGUCUCAGUUGGCCGCUGAUGAAGGAUCUAGAACUGGGAAAACAGGCUCUGGUAUUCUAAAUUCAAUCAAUGCUGGCAGUAAUCCAGUUUCUGAGAGAGACCUAUCUGGUUUGGUACCAAAUCGUUGCAACGUAAAUUCUGCUGCUCAUAACUUUGAACCAGAAUGUUCCAACCCUCCUUGUUCUCGUGGACUAAUGACAUCUGGCAGCCAAAUGACUAUAAUUUAUGGUGGUCAAGUGCACGUUUUUGAUGAUGUCCAUCUGAAUAAGGUAAAUGAUGAUAGCCAACAGUGUCGCCGGUCCCCGGAAAACACCUUAUGGCUCUGAUACUAUGAUUAAAUUUAUUAUAAGCAGAAAAUAAAGAGUCAUGAUUAGGGUUUUCUGUGUUUCUCAUAUAUUAAUCAAUGAAUAGGCCUCCUAUAUAUACAUGUUUAAUCACUAAACUAAUAAAGGAAGAAUAGUAAAAAUGGCUAACAAUCAGCCUAGAAUAAUUCUGUUGCCUAAGAUAAGAGAUCUCCUAAAUAUUCUAUAAUAUUCAGUUUCCUACAGUUUGGAGUUGGGAAUGAGUGUGAUUUUGCUCCCAUCCUUGUUGAACGAAUAAGUGUUUGUAUAGCCAUCAUAAAUGACUCUCCUAUCGAACAACCAAGGCCUGACCAACAAGACAUGGCAAGCGUCCUUGGGGAUGACGUCGCACCAAAGCCUCCCGCCACCUGAACUUCGCCAAGCAAAGAUACCUUCUCAAUCGUAUAAACCCACUGGCUUGGGUUUGCUCUGAUUAUGAUUACUAAUAAAUUUUCUUGUUAUCUGUUGUUGGAUGUAAAUCAUAAAAUUCAGAAAGGAUAUAUGUAUGUAAGAAGUAAUACUUAUUAUUGAUCGAAUAAAUCAAACACCAGAGAGCCUAUGAAUGUAUAACAUACAACCAGCUGAAAGAAAACAACUAAAACGAAUAGGACUCCUUACUAACUAACAACCUACUAACAAUAUACUCAGUAAUACAAUAUAUACAUUAGAGUCUAAAGCCUCAUGUCCAGAUGCUUCCUGUUGCGUGGCAUUCUUUGUUACUACUGAUGCUUGGCUGUCAAGACUAGAUUGAGUGAGGAGAGACGUGGUACUACUUCCUGAUCCUGCAUGAAUACAACUUUCAACAGUAAAUGUUGACAAUCAUUCAGCUGCAAAUCUAAUAAAUUUCUAUUAAACUCCUUUUUGAUUCAAUUAUAAAUGUAAUAUUUCCAAUUGGAAUUGUGCGUCAGUUUAAUGGAACUUCGUAGUAAAGCUUUUAUAUUUUUGUCGGAUAGUAGUACUAAUAUUAUAUUAACAGCUAAGAGUCCGAAGCUAGUUUUGCUUGCAUAGUUCGCUUGUCUUUACAGCGUUCUACAUCUUUGCAAAGGCCACCAAAAAGCAUAAUUUCAUUUCAACCCUUAUAAUUACUUUUAAAAAGUUCUAUUUAAUGAAGAAACUAACAACAAGAAAAUAAAAGAAGUUUACCCACCAAACCACCAUUCCUAUGCUUUCAUUCAAUGGAUUGAAAAGAUUAUACAAGUGUUUUUUUGGUGCUAUAAACAUCUUUACAGUGAUUCAUUUGUGUAAUGUCCUAUCCGUCUGCUUUGGUGUGAGCUUUUUCGAGUUCAAACAAUUUACCAAAGCAUGUGAUUUAGUUCGAAACAACCUGUUAGUUUGUUAUCAUGGUAGGUUGCAUAGAUCGACCCCCCAAAUUCCGCCUAGGUGGGAGUCAUUUAAUGACAUUGACAUAAUGAAGUGUUGUAAUAAAGAAAUCCAUAUCGAAUAUGCCUAGCCUACCUCCCUACUUUUUGGCAGGAGAAAAAGCUUGUCAAUUUGUAUUUCAUCUGCUACUGAGGACAGACUACAAGUAUUUCACAAUAUUAGCCAUGUGAUUGGCUAUUUUUUGAAAAUGCAUUAUUAUCAGGAUUAAUAGAUUCCCUUCUGUUUUAAAUUUUUCUAAAAGCAAGGGGUUACUGAAUGCCUAUUCUCCCUCAAUUUUCUUGAUGUAUUUAUGACUGCAUUGCUACCUAGAUUAAGUCCAAUUUGGUGAAAAUGAAUUUGGUUAAAUAAACAAUAAAAGAUAAAAAAUUUAACUUAACAGAAAUAAUUAAAAUUUAGGUAAGCACUCAAGUUUCCAGGUGAAGAGAAUAGAUCUUUGGAAGCAUAGAUUUCUUGUCCUUGUUGUAUCCCAUUAUGGAUACAAUUAUAGUUUUUUUGUUUUGUUUUGUUUUCUUUUUCUUGGUGAAAAAAGAUUGAAAUUCAUUGAUGGAAAAAAAUGGUGAAAAUCAUUACUAACAAACAAGAUCUAUUAUGUUGAAUUAGAAGAACAAAUUAAUAGAUAAAAUCAAAGGCUACCUAAUUCCAUAGCACAGGAAAAAUUUGAAGAACGAAAGCAAUUAGAUCUUUUAGGUUAAUACGUAUUUUCUGUUGUAAUGACCCUUAAUGUUCAAAAUUUUGAAACUCUAAUAAUGGGAUGUCAGCCUGUCAGGGACAAAAUGAAAUACGUCUAACCUAGGGAUUAUAACUGCUAUAUAUAAUAACCUAUGCUGAAUCUAGUAUUCAUCCCAUCAUAAAUCUCUCAUAAAAUAAGUUUCUACACAUCUAAGGUUCACAACCUAUUGAUGCAUUUAUGCUCAAAUUUUUAAUUUUAUUUAGAUGACUUUAAGUUGGGUAUAAGGACAACUUUGAUAACUUAUAAUGACACAUAUAUAUUUACGUAUACGCCCAACGUUGAACUAUGAUCCAAACUGCUUACUAUAAUGACACAUAUAUAUUUACGUAUACGCCUGACGUUGAACUAUGAUCCAAACUGCUUACUCAAGCCCAGUUCAAUUAGUUGAUGAAUUCAAUUUUAGUGAGAAAUUUAUGAAUGUUCUUGUCACUGUCAAACACUUGGAUGUGGCAAUUUUAAGAGACUUGAAACUGUUGUGCCAAGUCCCAAAUCUAGCCAUUAGAGAAGACUUCGAGCACCUCAUAGCUCACACACUAUCUUGCACACUUAAGUUUGAAGAUGUGAGUGCAAUAUAUAGAGGAUUGAAGUUUGGAUCACUUGAUGAAGUGAUCAAGGUGGAAGACUUGGUAUACUUUGAUGAUUGCAAGGUGGAAUGCCAAAGGAGGCUUGCUCGAGUGGGCUGAGCAAAGUGGCUCACUCGAGCUGUUAACCAAGACCAAAACGAAAUGUUCAAAAGAGGCGCUCGACUUGGUCGAGCGAGUAACAACAUCCAAAAACGCGAGUUUUCUGUUUUGUUCUCAGUUUGUAGUGGGAUUUUGGGGUUUUGUACUAAGGCUUCCUAAUAUGUUAUGAGACUAUAAAAGAGGGUCUUAGAGCAUCAUUAGGGUAUUGAGAGAGGCAAAUACAAGUGAGGCAACUAGGGUUUCAACCAUUAAAGUUCUUCAUCUUGUAUUUGCUUGUUUGUGUGAGAUUGACAUUAAAGGUUCAAUCUUUAUCUUGAGAUAGUGUUCUCAAGGCUUGUAUGAGUUGAGUCAUUGAUGUAUGUUGAUAUAUUAAUAAUUAGAAACUUAUUUUGAGGGGGAGAUAUCCAUAGAUACCCCAUAAAUCUUGUGUCUUUGUUCAUUGUUGUUGUUAUUCUAUUUUGGUUGGUUUCUUUGUGCAUUUUAUUUUUGUUUGUUAUUCACUAAAUAUCAUAUCCCAUACACAACAGAAACAAAA